AUGAGAAAGAUUGCAGCAGUUAUUGGAAGUUCAGGAAUUGGCAAAUCAAAACUAGCAGUUGAGCUAUGUAAAGCAUUAAAUGGACAAGUCAUCAACGCUGAUGCUUUACAAGUGUAUAAAGGUCUUGAUAUUAUAACCAACAAAAUGCCAGUGAAUGAGAGAGAAGGUAUUAAACACCAUCUCAUGGACUUUUUGAAUCCUGAAGAAGAGUACAGCGUGACGGAGUUCUUGAAGGACUGUUCACAAAAAAUUGAAUCCAUAUCAGAACAGAGUCAAUUACCAGUAGUUGUAGGCGGAACAAACUAUUACAUUCAAUCGUUGAUAUGGAACAACACAUUAAUCGGCCAAAGAGAGAGUAGCCCUGCAUUGGACGAUUUUCCUGAAUUAGACAAAUUGGAGACAAGUGAACUGUAUGAACGUCUGUCCAAAGUUGACCCUGUUAUGGCUAAUAAAUGGCAUCCUUCCGACAGACGAAAGAUAUUGAGGAGCCUAAAGAUCUAUCAUCAAACAGGGCAGCCACAGAGCGAAAUUAUCAAAUUACAAAAAGAACAAAAUGAGACAGAAGGUUUGCAGCCUAGAUAUCGAUCACUUAUCUUUUGGAUCUAUGCAGAGCCUUCCAAGUUAAAUCCACGUUUGGAUGAACGAGUAGAUCAGAUGAUAGAAACAGGGUUGUUUGACGAAAUUAAAGAUCUAAGGAACAGGGUGAUACAGGGAUCAAUUAAAGCUCCCGGACAAAAUGAAGAAAAAUAUCAGCGUGGAUUGUGGCAAGCCAUUGGGUAUAAAGAAUUCGACCCUUACUUCAAUGCUUUGGAAGAAGGAAAAGAAGAAUCAGAAAUAGUAAAGAUUAAAGAUGAAUGUACAGAGAGAAUGAAGGCUGCAACAAGAAGAUACGCCAAGCGUCAAAUUCAGUGGAUCCGUAAUAAGCUUUUACCUACCGUGAUGAAUUCUAAAGGGGACGAUGUACUCGUUUAUCUACUUGAUGCUAAUGAUUUGAGCAACUGGAGUGUCAAUGUAAAGGACAAAGCUAUAACAGUGGCAAAAGCCUUUCAAGAAGACUUGCCUCUGCCGUCAGCUACAAGCCUAAGCGUAACUGCAGAAGCAAUGCUAACGCCAUCUGAAGAUGCCCAAGACACACAAUCAAGGGUUUUGAAUUGGAAAAAGUAUGUAUGUGAUAUAUGUAAGACAGACAAAGGAGAACCAUUGCAAUUAAAUGGGGAUAAAGAGUGGGAGCAGCAUAAGAAGAGUAGAUUUCAUAGAAAAUAUGUAAAACACCUCAAGGUGGAAGCUAUGCGUAAAGCUUAUUUAGAAUCAAAAAAGCAAUCAUCAUAA